AUGGACAGAUGGCGCGGGUUCGAGGAAGACUACAAUCAAAUGAUGGCCCACAGCUCGCUAAAGCGGAAAUAUGAAAAAAUUUCCUCCGUCAAUAGCAUACUGGACAAAUACCGUCAUUUGGACCAGAGCGGACUGGUGCAGGUGAAAUACGUCUGGAUUGACGGCACUGGCGAAUUCCUACGGUGCAAGUCAAAGACGUUCGACUUUGAGCCAACCAGUCCCGAUCAACUCCCGAUUUGGAAUUUUGACGGGACUUCUACAGGUCAAGCAAUCGGAGAUCAAAGUGAUGUUUUCAUACGGCCGGUUGCACUUUACCGCGACCCCUUCCGACCUGGACCGAACAAGCUUGUGCUUUGCGAGACGCUGGAUAGGAACUACGAUCCCACGCCAACCAACAACCGCAAGAAAUGCCUAGAAGUUAUGGAAAAGGCAAAGGAGCAAGUCCCCUGGUUCGGACUCGAGCAAGAAUAUACCCUGCUCGAUCUCGACAAGCACCCCUACGGAUGGCCAAAACUUGGAUACCCGGCUCCUCAAGAGCACAAGAUCCGUGCCACCGUCUCGGACUCGCCGAAAAAGCACCCAUCCCAGAUCGUGAUUCGGCCGUACUACUGUGGCGUCGGCGCGGAUAAGGUGUACGGCCGCGAGAUCGUCGAAGCGCACUAUAGGGCCUGCAUGUACGCUGGCAUCCGAAUCUCCGGUACAAAUGCAGAGACCAUGCCUGCGCAGUGGGAGUUCCAAAUCGGGCCCUGCGAGGGCAUCGAAGCCGGGGAUCAGCUGGUGAUGGCACGGUUUAUUCUCCAUAGGGUUUGUGAAGAUUUUGGAGUCGUCUGUACGCUGGACCCGAAGCCGAUUCUCGGGGAUUGGAACGGCGCCGGAUGUCACUGCAAUUUUAGCACAAAGGGGAUGCGCGAAUCGGGAGGCUAUCCUGAAAUCGAAACCGCCGUCCGGAAGCUGUCUGAAGUGCACCAUCAGCAUAUUGCUUAUUAUGAUCCGCAUGGAGGGCGAGAUAAUGAGAGGAGAUUAACCGGCGCACAUGAGACCGAAACAAUCGAUGCAUUCUCAUACGGCGUUGCGAAUCGCUCGUGCUCGGUCAGAAUCCCGAAGCAGGUCUUCGACGAUCAAUGCGGCUACUUCGAAGAUCGUCGCCCCUCCUCCAACUGUGACCCCUACAACGUGACGGCAGCCCUCGUGAAAACCUGCUGCUUGAAGGGAGAUGAGCGAAAGCUGUCCCUUACUUAUGUUCCCAAUUUU